AUGUGCCUUUUAUGCAACAAAGUUUUGGGCAAUGACGCUAUGAAACCAUCUAAACUGCAAGAUCAUCUGAGAAGAUGCCACCCUGAUAAAACAGAGAAAGAUUUGAAAUACUUUCAAACACUUAAAGAUAAAUUUCAGAACAGACCUACAUUGGACAGAAUGUUCGCUUCGACGUCACAAAGAAAUAAUGAUGGUUUGCUGGCGUCUUACAAUAUCUCGUUACUUAUAGCAAAAUCCGGAAAACCGCAUACUAUCGGAGAGAAGUUAAUUUUGCCAGCCGUUGAAGAGGUUUUAAAAACUGUUUUACACAAACCUGCAUCUGAUAUCAUUAAGAGAAUUCCCUUAAGCAACAAUUCUGUUGACAGACGUAAUGAUGAAAUGAGUUCUGAUAUUGAAAGCUUCUUAUGUAAUUAUUUGCAAACGACCCAUUUCUCUAUACAACUGGACGAGUCAACUUCACCUGAUAAUGCAGCAUUAUUAUUGGCAUAUGUUCGUUUUAUUAUGAAUCAAGAAAUCUACGAAGAACUGCUCUUCGCAAGAACUUUGAUAACCGACACUAAAGGUGAAUCAAUAUUUCAUGUUUUGAAAGAUUACGUCAUUGAAAAAGCAAUUCCGUUAUCAAAUAUAAUGCCAGUAGCUACAGAUGGAGCACCUGCCAUGGUUGGACGUUAUCGUGGAUUUAUAAGCUAUUUAAAACAAAAUGUGUCAGGGGUGUUAGCAAUACAUUUGGGUCAUCCAUCGACAACAUUUAGUUGA